AUGCCUCCAAUAACCCCCCGUCAGUUGAAAUCAUGCCUGUCAUCGUCGUCGUCCCCGUCGGACUUCUCAUCCCCGGCGGACUCAUUUUUGGCGAACACCCCGGCGAUCACCGCGACUCCUCCAACCCCAUACUCAUCAGGAGGUAGUCCAUACUAUACCACACCAACGCCGGCUGCAAGGCGGCAGAAGAAGUCUGUCCGUUUCCAUCCUGAAGCAGAAGUUAAGGAGUUUAGACAGGUUAGAGAGAUCAAGGAAGUUAGGACACGGACUUCCUCGUCUAGUUCCACUUCCACUUCCACUUCCACGAAGCGCAAGUUUAGGGAGGAAGUAAAAGUAGAAGAGAAAGUAGUUGAUCAUGUUGAGAGAAGAGUGUCGAGGAAGGUUGAGAGGAAAGAGGAAGUCAUAGAGGUUAGAAAAGGCAAAAAGAGAAAGGAAAGCCAGGAUGAAUCCUAUUACUACGAGAGCACUUCGAACGACAUCAUGAAGAGUGGUAUCACUGGAUUGGGAAUCACAGUUGAUGGCUCUUAUGGACCACCGACAAAGGCACCACCAAAGGCUCCUUUACCCCCGCGGCCCACAAAACGCGAGAGGACAAAAUAUUCCCAGUCUCCGAUCGUCAAAUCCGAGGAACCAAAACUAACAUGUAGCUUUGAUGAUUCGACAUCAACAUCGUCGUAUCCAAAUAUGAGUUUCGGACAGGCCCCUCCUGCUUCCGUACCGACGGAGGAAUCAUCUUUCACCGAGCUAGCUAGCUACCCUCAAGUCCCACGAAUCAUGAGUGCUGGCUACUCGUUUACAGAACAACCAGAGCAAGCGGCAUGGUGGGCAUACCAGGAGUUAGAACCGCAGCCACCUGUUGUUGCAGCAGCGGCAUCUAGGCCAUUACGCCGAAAACGUUCCUUCGAGCCUAAAAGACAGUCUUGCGAAGGCGUUCCACCUACUAGCCCAGAAAUUGUCGAUGUAGAGUCCAUGCGAUCCCGUCGUGGAUCGACGAUCAAAACUAACUACUCAUCCACAAUUCCCUCUGAGUAUGCGUACAAGGAAGCCAAAGUUGAAAAACCGUCUCGGGUACCUUCUCGCCGACGAAGAGAAGAGGAAAACUGGGAAGAGCAAUACCGAAUGGAAAGUCUCAAGAGACAAGCACGCCAAAAAACCCGUGAUCGCGAGGUCAAGAAACAUUCCCGCUCCGACCGGUUUGGAUCUUUUGACCGCGAUGCUGGGUCCGGAUACUUUAACAACACGGUCCCAAAUUACUCAUUUAAUGCCGGUGAUAGCAACGAAGGUUACUUUUAA